CUUCAACAACACCACAGCUUAACGAACGACCAAAACCAUCAAGAUGUCGAACACACAAGUAGGAAACGUAUACUCGCAGAUCAUCACCGAUGUGAUUGAUAGCUCACGCGUCGAUUUCGAGGAGGGUGGCGUGGACGAACAUGUCCUGGACGAGUUGAGAAUGGGAUGGCAACAAAAGUUGUCACAGCUUCAGGUUGCUCAAUUCCCUUGGGAUCCUAAGCCUGAACCUGUACCUGCCAUGUCCAACCCUCCCACCGUCCCCUCAAAUGCCGGCAAUUACCAAUCCAACACCCCUCCAAUUCCCCAGAACCAAGGCCAAGGUCUUACUCUUCCACAAGUCAACAAUGGCAAUCGCCAGCCACAAAUCAAGUCGGAGCCUGGCUUGGAUCACGGAAUGCAACAACCUCCCCAACAACCAUACACAGCUAUGCCACUUACUCUUCCCGCAAAUGCUACUCAAGCUCAGCAGAGAGCUGCCCAACAUCUACAUCAGAACUAUGGUCCUCGAGCAGCUGCAUCCAUUAGUGCCAUCCAAGUACCCGGAGCACCUCCCAACAACCAAAAUCAACAGAUGAUGGGCCAACAACAAGCCCAGCAACAGCAGCGUAAUAUUCAGCAGAACGGACCGCCGCAAGGCAUGUCUAUGCAACAGCAUCAGCAGCAACUCAUGGCCAACCAGAACCAAAACAUGCAGCGUUUACAAGGUAUGCAGCAGCAAGGAGCCCGGCCCCCAAUGUCCCAAGAACAGUACCGACAAGUCAUGGCUCAGAACGCAGCCAACAGGCUGCAACAAGCCAACGGUCAGAACGGUGUUGGAGGUGCUCAGACGGAUGGUGCGGGCGAUGAAGUCGAGUCCUUCGGUGUCAUCAAGAGCGUCAACUCCUCUGGUGAGGAAGUCAUGGGGCGAAUCGAAAUCGACAGCCUCAUCCGCAGCAAGAUCGAAUCAAUGGGUACCAGCAUGGAAGGCGGUGGUCUUAUGCUACCUCUCCACCAAGCAUCAACAGCAGCCAAACGUCAACGCAAGGUCAAGAAGUCAGCAGCCAUGCAGCAGACUGAUGGGCCGGAGGACGACGACGAUAAGGAUGACGUCAAAGACGAGGAAUUGGAUGAGGAUGCUAUUAAUUCUGAUCUUGAUGAUCCGGAUGAUGGUUUGAAUGAUGAGGAGGAUGAUGAUGAGAGUAUGGGCCAUAUCAUGCUUUGUAUGUAUGAUAAGGUGCAGCGGGUUAAAAAUAAGUGGUAUGUCCUUCCCCUCCGCCUGAUCUUUGUCAACGGACCACCACUAAUACACCAAAUAGGAAGUGCGUCAUGAAAGACGGCGUCCUGACCGUCAAUGGAAAGGAAUACGUCUUCCACAAGGCGAGCGGAGAGUAUGAGUGGUAGAUCCCUCUUGCUACUCUACACUGCUUAAGCUGUCUUUGCAGGCUUGACUUCUGAUCGCCCGUCAAUCACACCUCUUUCCCACGCACUCAACUACUUGCCUACAUACAGUACUGCAGUGUUGGUACAAGGCGAUGAUACCGCAAUGCGAUCUCUUCUGACAUCAUACAACAAAAAGCUCCUUGGUCGGCGCGUUGGAGACUGGCGUUUUUCUAUUGCGCUGUGCUCGCGAUACUCUUCCUCUCUCCUCUUCUUUGACGACUCAAAUUCCCGAAAAUUGCGUAGUCAAACAGGCUGGGCUUUUCACUGUGCAUGUGAAUGGGUGGUGGGGCGUGGAUGCCGGCUGGGCAUGGGCAUGGGUAUGGGCGGAUUGUAUGAAUACAUUUCACAUGUGCUUUCUUUUCCUUCUCCUUCUUCCUUUCUAUUCAUGCGAUUGAUGAUGUCUGCGAACACCGGGGGGUGAGGAUGGGGGUGUGGAUAGCGCGUUGAUGAUGAUGAUGAUGGGAUGCGUUGCAUUUUCUGGUCGAGGUUGGAUUGAUACUGCUGCAUGGAGUGGGUUUGGUAGACGAAGGGGCUCGAUGCAGUGAGGAUGAUUAUAUUCGAGAGGCUCGAUUCCCGUUUCUCAUGCAUGCAGGGAUGAGCUACCUAGGGAGUGAAAUUCUAGCGAAGGGUGCGGGGACUUACUUUGAGAUGAAUGCUAGAUAUCACACUCAGCUGAGUUCAAAAAUGAAAAAUGAAAGAUGAGAAUACAUGCACGCAAUCAAGCUAUUCCCUCCCCGUGGCUCAUCCCGCUCGAGGUGAGAACGUUGGAGAAUUGGAGGAAUACCGUCGAAUUAAACACACGGAAUGAAAUGUAAUCCAUUGCUUCAAUAUAAACUUGUCUAUUUAGAGGAAAAUCUUCGAU